CCUUCGGGGCCUCACUGAUCGGAUUUGCAUCCAUCGAUCUAUUCCUAUCCGAGUGCGAAGGAGUCAUCGUGUCGCUGGUCCCCCUCCUUGUUCUCACGCCUCUGCUCCGACCCGUUUUCCGCUUUCCCCAGAAAAGUAUCGGGAUACAAUCAUGGCUUCCGAAGGCGCCAAAGACUUGCCCGUCCGGCCUGCAGAGGCUAAAGGUGACUCGCUUCCCGACUUCAUUAUCGAGCGAAACAACCUCUUCGAACAACUGUGGCAGGAGCAUCUUGAGGAGCUCAAGAACAAGCCUCACCCCGAUAUCAAUGUCACCAUCGACCUCGGAAACGGAGAAGUCUCGACGGUCGCUGCCAAGGCCUGGGAGAACACCCCUGCUCACCUGCUCAAGAACCUGCCCAAGGAGUUGAGUGCCAAUGUGGUCAUCUCCAAGGUCAACAAGGAGCUGUGGGAUCUGGGCCGCCCGUUUGAAGGCGACUGCACGGUUUCUUAUCUUCCCUUCGAACACCCCGAGGCACGGGAGGUUUUCUGGCACUCCAGUGCGCAUUGCUUGGGUGAAGCCUGCGAGUGCGAAUAUGGAUGUCUCCUCUCCCACGGACCUCCUACCCCCCAGGGUUUCUUCUAUGACAUGGCUAUGCCUGACAAGUACGUUUAAAUCAGAUCAACUGGCGGCGCGGUAAAAUCGCAAUUUCGCUAUCUGUUCCCACAAAGCUGACUUGAUGAACAGCCGUGUUGUCAAAGAGGGUGACUGGAAGUCGCUGGACAACAAGGCCUCUAAGAUCUUCAAGGAGAAGCAGAGCUUUGACCGAUUGGAAGUCACGAAAGAGAACCUCCGCAAGAUGUUCUCGUACAGCAAAUACAAGCUGCAUUACAUUGAGAAGUUGGUCACUGGGGAGAAGAGCACCGUCUACCGUUGUGGUACCCUGGUGGAUCUCUGCCGAGGCCCUCACAUCCAGAACACUGGCAAGGUCAAGACCUUCAAGAUCAUGCAGAACUCUUCCGCAUACUUCCUGGGUGACCAGGCCAACGACUCCUUGCAACGUAUCCGUGGUGUUGCAUUCCCCGACAAGAAGCUGAUGCAGGAGCAUCUGAAGUUCCUGGAGGAGGCCGAGAAACGUAACCACGUGCGAAUCGGCAAGGAGCAAGAAUUGUUCUUCUUCGACGAAGUUUCUCCCGGCUGUCCCUUCCUGCUCCCCAACGGUACCAAGAUUUUCAACGCUCUGCAGUCUCUUCUGCGAACGGAAUACCGCAAGCGAGGCUACCAGGAGGUCCAGACCCCCAACAUGUACGACGUUGGCAUCUGGAAGACCUCGGGUCACUGGGCGCACUACAAGGAUGACAUGUUCAAGCUCGAUGUCGAGAAGCGAGAAUGGGCCCUGAAACCCAUGAACUGUCCCGGACAUUUCGUACUUUUCGGCCACCGUGAGCGGAGUUACAGGGAGCUCCCCCUGAGAAUUGCCGAUUUCGGUGUCCUGCACCGAAACGAGGCCUCGGGAGCCCUGAGCGGUCUUACCCGUGUCCGGAAGUUCCAGCAGGAUGAUACCCACAUCUUCUGUGCUGAGGAUCAGAUUGCCCAAGAAAUCGAGGGUCUGUUUGACUUCCUGAAGUCUAUCUAUGGCCUUUUCGGAUUCACCUUCAAGCUGAAGCUUUCCACCCGCCCCGAGAAGUACCUUGGUGAGCUUGAGACCUGGAACUACGCCGAAGAACAGCUGAAGGCCUGCAUGACCAAGUUCAUGGGCAACGACUGGACCAUUGACGAGGGUGACGGUGCUUUCUACGGCCCUAAGAUCGAUAUCACCAUCGCCGACGCUCUCAAGCGAGAGUUCCAGUGCGCCACCAUCCAGCUUGACUACCAAGCCCCCAUCAACUUCAAACUUGAGUACAUGACCAACGAAAAGGGCGAGAAGGUCCAAGUGGCCACCGAGGAUGAGCAGAAGGAGGGCCAGAGCAAGAGCAACGAGCUCGGACCGGGCCGUGCCCGUCCCGUGGUCAUCCACCGUGCCAUCAUUGGUAGCUUCGAGCGAUUCCUGGGUAUCUUGAUCGAGCACUUCGGUGGCAAGUGGCCCUUCUGGAUCAGUCCUCGCCAGAUCCUGAUUGUGCCCGUCAUGCCCGCCGUUAACGACUACGUUCAAGAGCUGCAGGAGAUCCUGCGGGGUGACAAGCUGAACGUCGACAUCGACAUCAGUGGCAACACCAUGCAGAAGAAGAUCCGUACUGGACAGCUGCAGCAGUACAACUUCAUCUUCGUUGUCGGUGCCUCGGAGAAGGAAUCCCGCACCGUCAACAUCCGCAACCGUGACGACCCUGCCACCCAGAAACAGGGCGUUAUGAUCCCUCUUGAGGAGGCUCGUGCCAAACUCAAGGCUCUGCGCAAGGAGCGCAGACUGGUCAGCUCUCUGUAGAGUUCUUGUUUCGUUUGCCAAAGAUUUUGCAUGAAUACACCACAGCAUUUUGUUUCUUUUUCUUACCUAUUUUUUAUCCGACGUGGUCAUGGGAGUUCGUAUUGAAUCUUGAUAUAUCCUGCCAGAAAUAAAAGUAUGCCGGUUGAUUGAUGAAGCGAUGAGAUUAUGAGGGUGACGGGUUGAUGCUACCUUUGUGCUAGCCUGGUAGAGUAGUAGAGUAGACAAAUCAUACAUUGGUUAGGAGACG